UGAAAACAUUGACAUUAUAAUCCCAUGUCAUCCGAGCAUGCUGUGAACGUUUCACUCGAAACUCACCUCGUAUCAGCACUGGAACCGUUACUGCUCAUUACUGACUCCUCUCUUUCCACUCGACUCGCCCAACAUCUAUCAGAUCCAAGGGGCAUCAUUCCAUACGAUAUUCUUUUAUCUGUGUCGCGAUGGUCUCGGUCUGCUACAGGCUCCAGUGCUCUUCGUGCUUGUUCGCCACCUCUUGAUCCAAACUCGUAUACGAUGAUAGCCCUGCUUGCUGGGACAACAACUUCACCGGAACGGAAAUUUGGUCCAUACCAACCGCCACAAGAACCAGAGCGAUUAGUAGCACAGGAGAAGCGAGAGCGCAAAGCUAUCACCACCAUAAUUAAUGGGGUUCUCAGCAUUAUUGGAUCUGGUGCUGCUGCAUGGAUAGGAUCGGAACGAACGAAUUGGAGGCAAGAAUGGCGUGUUCUCUUUGCUCUGUUCGUAGCAGUUAUAGUGGCGAUCUCAGAAACGGCACUUUACAUUAUAUGGCAAUCCCGCUCUUCCCUUCAUCCGGCUACUGCUAAAACGCGUAAAUACAUACGUGCCAAAAAAGAGGACAAUGAGAACUCAAGUCUUCCUAAUCAUCCCUACACUAACGGAGAGGAUCGUGGCCGGCUACGUCUGCGCAUUCAGAAGAAAUCUACGAGCAACGAAAACUUACAGUAACGAGGUUCGAGUGCAAGGACUCAGAUUCUUAUGCCUCUUAUGAUCUCCUUCUACGUAUAUAUGUCCAUCUUAUUAACGAUACAAUCUUAAUCUCUUCAUGAGCA